CCCCGCCCCGCGCCCCGCCCCGUCCGGUACCGGCGGCGAUGGCGGCGGUGCGGGAGGCGCUGGGCGCUUUGGGCCGGGAGCUGGCGGCGGAGUGGGCGACUCAGGACGUUCGCGUGGCGCUGGUGCAGCUGCUGCUGCUGUGGCUGGGGCUCAGCCUCACCGCCAUCCGCCUGGCGUGGCGCUCCUACGGCGAGGAGGUGGCGGCGCUGUGCUACCGCCCGGCCGCCCGCCGCCCCCCCGCACCGGGCACCGACGGCGGCUCCGCUCCCGCCCGGCCCCGCGCUCACUCUCUGUCCCCCGCACGACGCGACGGCGCCGCCGAGCGGUUCUGCCCGCCACGGGACAGCGCAGCAGCGGAGCCGGGGAAGACGCACCGUGAAUGAGGAGCACCCCCCAUUACCAGCACCAUUAAAGGACUGUGACCCCCCCCA